UAGAAAUUAGUUUCUAAUUAAUUUUCGUUUGCAUCGCACGUUUUUUGUCUUUUUUCAACUAAAAAUAAAAGAAAAAUGUUUCGACAAAUUUUUUUCUUAGUUAUUUCUUGGAUUAUUUUAACUUAUGCUCAAAUGGAUAUUCAACCGAAUGAAUGUGGUUUGGAUGUCCGUUCCAAUUUCGGUGAUGAAUGCGCUGAGCAAUUUGAAACUCCAACUACCGAUUCUUCCGUUACUGAAAAACUCGAAAUUCCCGUAACUACUCCCAGUGACUCGACAGUUCUACCCGAAAAAGGAAGAUAUCGUGGUUGUUUCAAAGAUAGUCUUGUCACUCGAAUGUUCAAUCGACGACUUAAUUUUGGACUGUCCACUACCAUCGAACAUUGCGUUGAUUUUUGCGCGACGGAAGGUUUCGUGUAUGCCGGACUCCAGCACAAAAUGUUCUGUUUUUGCGGAAAUAUUUUUCCACAGAUUGCGGGAUUCAAGCAAUUAGGUGAAAAUAAGUGUUUUUUCUCGUGUUUAGGGAAUCGGAACCAAAAGUGUGGAGGAAUUUUGGCGAGUAGCGUUUACGAGACUGGAAAUCAAAUCGUCAAUCAUCACUAGAAGAAAAAAUAAAAUCAACAGAAAAUUAUCUGGUUUAAUAAAGUGUUACAAUUUUUUUUUGCAUUAACAGAAAUUUUUCAAUUAUCUCGAAUAAAUGUUCAAUUUUUCCACAUUAAAAAAACGUCUGUCAAUGCAAUUAC